AGUGCGGGGGAGAAGAAACGGUGGGGAAAGGAAAACGGAGGAGAAAUGUCGACGGUACUCGAGGUCAGAGAUGAACGUCGAGAACCUCUUCUCCACAAUUCUUCACCUCCCCUUCCGCACGGGGAGCUGACUGACGAAAACGAACCAGAGAUCAUCUCUUCCUCACCAUCCGGCGCAUCAGAGGGAACGGAAUCCACUCUCAAAGGAUCAAAUCAACGCCUCGUAUCUCUCGAUGUAUUUCGAGGCCUCACCGUCGCGAUACAAUUUACCAGCAAUUUUCCUGCUAUGGAUUUGAUGAUUUUGGUUGAUGAUGCUGGUGGAGCUUUUCCAUCUAUCAAUCACUCUCCGUGGUUCGGUGUGACAAUAGCAGAUUUUGUAAUGCCAUUUUUUCUUUUUGGUGUUGGUGUCUCUAUUAGUCUUGUGCUCAAGAAAGCUUCUGGCAAACUGAUGGCAACGAAGAAAGUUGUGCUGAGGGCAAUCAAACUCUUUCUAUUGGGCUUGUUGCUACAAGGUGGGCAUUUCCAUGGCUGUAACAACUUAACAUAUGGAGUUGAUGUGGACCAAAUACAGUGGCUAGGUGUACUACAGAGGAUAUCAAUUGGAUAUCUACUGACUUCAGCAUCAGAAAUCCGGCUUGUUAACAAUAUCAUGGUUGACUCUGCAGCAGCAUUUGUGAGGAAAUACUAUGUUCAGUGGUUGGUUCUGUUAAUAAUGGCGUGGCACCCUAGAAUGAAUAAUUUUCAGAGAUCUACUUCUCACCAUAGAAUUUUGAGAGCAUUUAGAUAAGCUUUGUUCCCCUUUUUAUGUUUUUCAAAUGUUUGCUUUUUCUAUGGCGUGCGGGAUUUUUGCUCUCCUACUAUUAACAUUUUACAUGUGCUUGCUGUAUGGUCUUUAUGUUCCAAACUGGGAAUUUCAAUCUCCAAGCAUGAAUGUGUCAGUUUAUGGAUCUGAUACUCAAAUUGUGAGU